AUGUCCAACGAGCAAGAACAACCUCUCAUUCCUCGAGACCACCAUGAUGAGAGUGAAUUUUCAACCCAGCGUCGACCACAACAUCCUUGGAUCAGGCGCCUGCUCGACUUCCUCUCGUCUGACUCUCCUGAACACGGCGAGGAAGAUGAACAUUCAAGUCGGCCUCCGUCCACGUCCCCAAGGCUCUGGCGUCUCUUUGGUCUUUUCGUCAUCUUAUUCCUCCUCAUCAUCUCGUUCAUUUCGGGCUACCAGGUCGCCAAAAGAAAUCACCGCCACCAACCGGGCAAAACUCAACCACCAGUGGUAGAACUGGAACUAGAUCAGGAUCAACAUUGGCAAACCUGCGGCUCCACUCCUUCUGACGCCCUCGCCCGCGGGUGCUCCUUCGACACACUCUCUUUCGCGUGGCAGACACCAGAAUGCUACGACGCCGAGCUCAUGGCUGAAUGGGAAUCCACCGUCCGCACGAACGGGUGGAAAUACUACGCCGACAUAACAGGCAAACGGCCUGUCUCGUAUGAAGCGGCCUUCGGCGGCACGAAUGAUUUAUGGGUGGAGUGGGAUCUGCACGUCACGCACUGCACAUUCAUGUGGCGUCAGAUGCACCGUGCAUUCACGCAGAAAGGGUUUAUUGACAGCCAUUUGAAUUCUUACAAUCAUACGCUGCAUUGCCAGAGCGUAUUGACCGAGGAGCACGAUAGCUGGCUUGCAGAUACGGCGGCGAGAGUGAGGUAUCCGCGGUGCGAGAGGGUUGGAGCUUAG